UCUUUCGAAUCAGUUCAGAAAAUGAACCCUACAACAUUUGACGCUGCAACAAAGACUUGGAAAGGUCCCCAAAAUAGUCGAAUUUUUAACUCAAAAGCUGGACUUGGAGAACUAUUGUUAUCUGUUCUUGCAAGAACUCCAAAUAAAGUCGCUCAAAUUAGCGAUAAUAAUGGAGUGACUUUCACUUGUAAAGAAAUUCGUGAACGCAGUAUUCGGGUAGCGGAAAACUUAAAACUACGUGGAUACAAAUUCGGUGACAUGAUGGCGAUCAUUAGUCGAAAUAAUCAUGAUGUUAGUGCAGUUGUUUUUGGAUGUCAUAUACUUGGUGCUCCUUUAAAUUGUUUGGAUCCUACUUUCGGAGAAGCUGAUUUGUAUGGAAUGUUAAAUUUAACAAGACCUAAAGUUGUAUUUUGUGAAACUUUCAACUUGGAAACUGUUAAAAAUGCAUUAAAAAGUGCCUCGUUAAACGCUGAAGUAAUUUUACUUGGUGAAACGUUAGAAGGGCAGGAUCACGUGACUUCAUUACUUCAGAAAGUAGAUGGAGUAAUCGAAAAACAUUAUAUUCCAACAAAAAUUGAACAACCCGAAACUCAUCCUGUUGUAAUUGUUUGCAGUUCAGGAACAACUGGACAAUCUAAGGGAGUUUGUCUUUCACACUCUCACAUUAUCGUUCAAGCAGAACAAUUUGGUGAUCUAUGUGAAGAAGAUACUCUUCUAUGUUUUAGCUCAAUCUAUUGGGUAUCGGGAUAUAUGACUUUGGUAAUGGGAACACUUGUUGGUUCGCAACGUAUCAUUACCACAGAACCUUAUUCUCCAGCUACAAUGUGUCGUAUAGUUGAAAAAUACAAAACAACUGCGACAAUCAGUCCUCCGUCUCAAAUCUCACAACUUUUGGGAUAUGAAAAUGUUGAUAAGUGUGACUUAUCAUCAAUACGACAAUGUCUCUGUGGAGGUAGCUUUGUGUCAGACAAUUUACGAAAACAAAUGCAAAAACGUAUCAAUGGAGAUGUCAUUGUUGGUUAUGGUAUGACCGAAGCAGGAGGCUUAUGUACAAUGACCUAUCCUGAUAUCAAACUGGGAUGCGUAGGAGGCCUUGUGAAAGGUAUGCAAGCAAAAAUUGUCGAUCCUGAUACUGAAACUAAAUUAGGUCCUGGCGAAAUUGGUGAAAUUCGAUUCAAAUACGAAUUUGAUUUUCUUGGAUAUUUUGGCAAUGAAAAAAGUACCAAAGAAGCUUUUGAUAAAGAUGGUUGGAUUUGUUCUGGUGACAUUGGAUUUUUCGAUGAAAGCUGUAAUCUUCACAUUGUAGAUCGUAAAAAGGACAUUAUCAAAUACAACAAUUACCAAAUCUCGCCGUCAGAAAUAGAAGCAGUCCUGCAACAAGAAACAGGCAUCUUAAAUAUGUGCGUUGUUGGUAUCGAAGACAUUGAACAUGGCACAGAUUUACCAGCAGUCGUCGUUUUGAAAGAUAAAAGCUUAAACAUAACGGAAGAAGAUAUCAUCAAAACUGCAGAAAGAACUUUACCGAAUUAUAAACACUUGAGAGGAGGAUGCUACUUUGUUGAUGAAUUUCCAAUGACACCUUCCGGAAAAGUUCAACGUAGAGUAGUGAAAGAAAUGGCCAAAAAAUUUUACAUGAACCAUGAUCCAAAUGUAAAGACGUAACUUUGUUUUUUUAUCGCAAAUUUAAUAAAAGUUUACUAUUUAAUUUUUCUUAUCUUUAUUUAGAAUAAAAUUUGAUAAUCUAC